UUUUCUCGGGAUAUCAUUUUUUUUGUCUAGUAAUUUGAAUAUUGCAUUCGAAUGAGGAGGCAAAGAAAAUACAUCCUGCUGGGUAUCAUCUAUUCUAAAGUAGCUUAUUUGCUCUACAAAGCCUUUUAAAAAUGUCAAAGACACCAUUCAUUAGCAGAAUGCUAGCGUAUUGUGGGCAACAACAACUCAAUCUGUAAGAAAUCGAAAGGACAUGAGUACUUGUUCAUUCAACGUUCAAAUUAAAUCUAUAUUGAACUUGCAGAGACUACAAUAAAAUCUGGGCUUUUUAAACGACAAUCAAGUAAAACAGACCAAUUUAGCUGUCUAGCUCCAUUGGCUCCCUUUCAUUUUGCACUCGCCCGCGAUCACCCCCAGUGGAUCUCUGGUGAAACUGCAACUAAAUUCGUACAAUGGAGAUUGAUAGGAAGUGAACAGGCUCUCCGUAGACGGACUCAGAGAACUGCUGCUGUUGUGGUUGUGUUGACCCCAACACACAGGACUUUACGAAUGACCAGCCCAGGGAAUUUUAAGACCAGGCACCAAUGUGAUUAGGUAGCAUAUUUCCUCUUUGGAAUGUCGAGCCAGCAGCAAGUCGUUGAACAAGCCAGAAAGGCCUUCCAAACAGGAAGGUCUAAAGACCUGUCUUACAGAAUAACCCAGCUCAAAAACCUCCUUCGGCUCAUCUCAGAGAGGCAAACAGACAUUGUUGAGGCUCUCAAGAAUGAUCUCCAUAAGAGUGAAAAUGGCACACAGCUGUAUGAGAUGAUCGGACUGGAGGGGGAGAUCAACCUGGCAGUGGACCGUUUAGCGGAAUGGGCGGCCCCUCGACCCGUGGAGAAGAACCUCCUCACCAUCUCGGACGAGGUGUUCAUCCGUCCCGAGCCGCUCGGUGUGGUGCUCAUCAUCGGAGCGUGGAACUAUCCGUGGGCAGUCACUCUUCAGCCCCUCAUUGGUGCCAUUGCUGCAGGCAAUGCUGCUGUUGUGAAGCCGUCAGAGGUGAGCUCUCACACAGCCAAAGUCAUGGAGGAGCUUCUGUCUCUUUAUCUGGACAAGGAGAUGUAUCCUGUGGUGUUGGGAGGCGUCCCUGAGACCCAGGAGCUGCUCGGGCAGCGGUUCGACCACAUCUUCUACACGGGGAACAGCACUGUGGGGAAGCUGGUGAUGGAGGCGGCCGCUCGCCACCUCACCCCCGUCACCCUGGAGCUGGGAGGGAAGAGCCCCUGUUACAUCGAUAAAGACUGUGACCUCAGCAUUGCCUGUCGCCGAAUCACCUGGGGAAAAUAUGUAAACUGUGGCCAGACCUGCAUUGCUCCCGACUACAUCCUCUGUGAGCCCAGCAUCCAGGACCGUGUAAUUCAGGAGAUCACUAAAUGCAUAAAGGAAUUUUAUACGGAUGACCCAAAGACUUGCACGGACUAUGGACGCAUCAUCAAUCAGCGCCACUUCAAGAGGCUGAUGGCCCUGAUGGAGGGUAGCUCUGUGGCCGUGGGGGGGGACACUGACGAAUCCCAGUGCUACAUCGCGCCCACAGUUUUGAAGGGGGUGACGGCAGACUCCAAGGUGAUGCAGGAGGAGAUCUUUGGGCCUCUGCUUCCCAUCAUUACUGUGGACGGAAUGGAGGAAGCCAUCUCCUUCAUCAACCAGAGGGAGAAGCCUCUGGCCCUCUAUGUUUUCUCCUCCAACGAUAAGCUGAUAAGACGAAUGAUUUCAGAAACAUCAAGCGGGGCUCUGUUGGCCAAUGACUGUCUGGUGCACUACACCAUCAGUGACUUACCAUUUGGGGGUGUCGGCAACAGUGGCAUUGGAUGCUACCAUGGCAAAUAUACCUUUGAUCAGCUGAGCCAUCUUCGCAGCUGUCUCAUUAAGAAGCUGAAUAUGGAGGGGGUGAAUCAGAUGCGCUACCCGCCGCACACCACUAAAAAGCUGCAGUGGGCCCGGGUUUUCCUCCUGAGGCAGGUCAACCUGGGCCGGUGGCGGCAGUUUGCUAAGGUGGCUGUGCUUGCAGUUUUAGCAGCAUUUGUAGUCCAGAGGUUCUUGAGAUAAGGCCUCAGAAUUCUGACGAAUGAUUGCCGUUUUUUCGGUGGAUAUCACCAUGUCUUCCUUGGACAGAAUAAGAUGUCAGUAUAUGGCAGGAAGAUAAGGCGAGAGAGCCGUCAUCACACAUGCCCUCCAACCUACGACCAAAGGUGUAAUAACCCUGCACCUUGACGGCAACAGCGAAAGUCAUAUAUUGGUUGUAGUCUCUGCCCCUAUACAUAUUCAGGUUGUAUAAUUCAGUCAUAAAUAUUUGUUCAGUAAUUCUGCAUUACACAUAUAAUAUAUGUGUACAUACUAUAAUGAACAGUUUAGCUUCAAAGUUGCUUUGUUUGAAACAAUUAUAGUAUAGUUAUGAAUAACCUAUACUUUCAUUUACAUAGGCCUACAUUUCUCUAGAGUCUACAUGGACAUGUAGAUAUAGCCUACUACAUUGCACAUUCAUAAAUGUGGUUAUCAUUUCACAUGUAAUAACCUUAUUAAUUCCGUUGUAUUUAUUUUGGUCAAAUCAUUUCAAUACAAUAAAAACAUUUGUGUUCUUUAAUAA